ACAGUUUAGAAUUUUUCAUUUUUGUUCUGGAUCAUGCAAUAUACAUUUGCUGCUGAUGCUAUCAGGAAAUCACAACGUGUUCUGUCAUUGAGAGCUUUCUCUACUUCUUGCCUUCGUUCUGCCGCAGUAACUGGACUGUUCUCAGCUGAGAGAACAUCAAUCAUGUCUUCUCACACACAGAAAUGGCAGUACCCAGAGGUCAGACGAGACGAUAGUGUUGUUGACAACUACCAUGGCACGAGCAUCGCCGACCCGUACCGGUCGCUCGAGGAUCCCGAUGCAAAGGAGACGCAGGAAUUCGUGGAGGCGCAGAACGAUUUAUCAGUGCCAUACAUUAAUGGUAGCUCGGUCAAGGAAACAUAUUUGAAAAGCCUCACUGACGCGUAUAAUUAUCCCAAGACUGGCUGUCCAUAUCGGCGCGGCGAUAGUUUCUACCAUUACCACAACACCGGCCUGCAAAACCAGAGCGUGUUGUACUCAUACAAGGAGUUGACAGAUGAGCCGAAGGUGUUCCUAGAUCCCAACACAUUCUCCGAAGAUGGCACAGUGGCCCUUGGAAGCACGGCAUUCUCCAAGAAUGGCAAGCUGGUGGCGUAUGGCCUCAGUAGCAGCGGGUCUGAUUGGCAGACGAUAAAGGUACGCGAUGCUGACACGAGUGCUGAGCUGAGCGACGUGCUGGAGCACAUCAAGUUCUCGUCAAUCGCAUGGACGCACGAUAACAAAGGCUUCUUCUAUUGUCGUUACCCCGUUGGUGAUAAGUCUGAUGGCACGGAGACCGAUGCCAAUCUCAAUCAGAUGUUGUAUUAUCACAUUGUGGGCACAGCCCAGUCUGAUGACGUCCUGUGCUGGAAAUGCCCCGAGCAGCCCAAGUGGAUGUGCUCGGCGGAAGUAACAGACGAUGGCGAGUACGUUAUUCUUGGCAUCGUGGAGUCAUGUGACCCGGUCAACAGACUCUACUACUGCAAGCUCUCUGACCUACCUAAUGGCAUUACUGGAUGCACUGAUAUGCUGCCCUGUGUAAAGCUGAUUGACAACUUUGAUGCCAAGUAUGAUUACAUUGCGAAUGAUGGCCGCGAAUUCUCAUUCAUGACCAAUUUGAAGUCUCCUCGCUACAAGUUGAUCCGUAUUAACCUGGACAAACCCGAGCAGGAGAACUGGGCGGAUGUGGUCGCAGAGCAUGAGAAGGAUGUGCUCAGCUGGUGUUCGUGUGUCAAUCAAGACAAGCUAGUUGUGUGCUACCAACAGGAUGUUAAGGAUGUGCUCUACUUACACAAGCUGAGUGAUGGGUCGCGGAUCAAGCAGUUUCCCCUCGACGUCGGGUCGGUUGUCUCGUACAGCGGUCGCCGUGAAGACAACUUUAUGUUCUACAAGUUCACAUCAUUCCUGACACCCGGCACCAUCUACUACUGUGAUCUUAGCCUGGAGACACUGGAACCUAAGGUUCAUUUGGACACCAAGGUGGCCGGUUUCGAGGCGGACACGUUCGAGGUCAAGCAAGUCUUUUACGAGAGCUACGAUCGCACCCGCGUGCCCAUGUUCAUAAUCCACCAAAAGGGCAUUUCACUUGAUGGUAAUCACCCAGUAUUGAUGUACGGCUAUGGCGGCUUCAACAUAUCGCUCAACCCAAGCUUCAGUGUUUCCAGGCUGCUGUUCUGUCAGCAUCUUGGUGGCGUGCUGGCCAUUCCGAACCUGCGUGGCGGCGGGGAGUAUGGUGAGACCUGGCACAAGGGCGGCAUACAUGCCAAGAAGCAGAAUGUCUUCGACGACUUCCACUCGGCUGCUGAAUACCUGAUUGCCAACAAGUACACCAACCCAAAACGGCUGGCGAUCCAAGGCGGUUCCAACGGUGGCUUGCUCGUCGGAGCCUGCAUCAAUCAGAAGCCAUACCUGUAUGGUUGCGGCGUUGCUCAGGUCGGUGUUAUGGACAUGCUUCGUUUUCACAAAUUCACCAUCGGUCAUGCAUGGUGUAGUGACUAUGGCUGCUCCGACUCAGAAGAGGAUUUCCACUGGCUGGUUCGCUACUCCCCUCUUCACACAAUCAAGAAGCCGCUUAUACCCGGUGUGCAGUUCCCCAGCAUGCUGUUGUUUACUGGUGAUCAUGAUGAUCGCGUGGUGCCACUGCACUCUCUCAAGUACAUCGCUACAUUGCAACAUGAACUGGCUGGUCAUCCGGACCAGACCAACCCCCUGAUGAUCCGUGUACAUUGCAAGCAGGGGCAUGGCGCUGGGAAACCAACUGAGAAAGUUCUGGAGGAGAGUGCGGAGAUGUAUUCCUUCAUUGCUCGCAGCCUGGGUGUUGAAUGGCGUGACUGACUACAGGCAUCAACUCUGUUAUCUCGACUCUAACACCCAUACAAGUCAUAGUCAAACGUCUCGAUUACAGUACGAUGCCCGCAAGCAUUCCUUUGUCUAUUUUUAUUUGUACAGAAUCGACGAGGACACAACAGUUUAGAUAAUGCAAUGAAUAAGAUGAGCUGCACAAUCAUCACUGGUACACACACGUGUGUGUGUACGCGCGCACGUGUACGUGCACGCACACAUACAUACACACACACACACACACACACACACACACACACACACACACACACACACACACACACACACACACCCUUGUAAGGAAUAUUUUGGUAUCCAAGAAUAUUUUCUUAUGAUAUCUUCUUUUUUAGCUGCACAUGUACAUAUACCUUACUAGUACUUCAGUAAUAACUCAUACAUAGCCAAGACAUAGGAUUGGAGAGCUUCAAAUUCAAUUCAAAUAGUCAGGGAAGUGGACUGCCAGAGAAAAAACAUGCACAAUUACAACUGUGCUUGUUUGAACUUGGAUGGUGGACCCAUUGUAUUAUGACAUUGCUGCUACUUCUUCUCAACAUUGUAGUUUAGUAACUUAUUGCAUCACAUUUUCUAAGGGACUUUCAAGUAGAUGUUCAAGGGCUUUCUAAUGUGUACUUUUAGGCAUUUUAGCAUUUUCAUCAUGUUUUCUACUCCUUAUAUGAUGUGAUUCAUUAUACAUCUGAAUAUCUUGACAAUGAUCUCCAGACAGAAA